AUGCACAAUAUGUUUCCAGCACUCACAAAGACACUGUCGUUGCAAGGCUACAAGAUUAUCAACUCUCAAACAGGGUCCGCUGCAUGGUCGUGCGGUCGUAGGUGGUUUAGUAGUGAUAAAGAUGACCACGACGAUGUGGUGACGAGGAUUAAAAUUGCCCCCAUAAAGAGAACUAACGAGCCAUUGGAUAAGAAAAGAGCUCGGUUGAUAUAUCAAUCACGCAAAAGAGGGAUCUUGGAGACGGACUUGCUGCUAUCUGGGUUCGCUGCCAAAUAUUUGAAGAAGAUGAACGAAGAGGAACUGGAAGAAUACGAUUCGCUAUUGAAUGAGUUGGACUGGGACAUAUACUAUUGGGCCACAAAAAAUUUCAAAACCAGCCCCUUGCCUGACAAGUGGGCCAAUUCUAAAUUGCUGAAGCAGCUACAAGAAUUCAGUGAAAAUAAAGAGAAGGAAAUUUUAAGUAUGCCGGACUUGUCCAAGUAUCAAUGA